AUGGUGGACACUGCCUCGAAGCAUCGAGCUGAGUUUGCCUUUGCUCAGCUUGAGAACGAGAGAUCUUUGACAUCUCUUCGUGACGAGCUAAGGGUAGCUCGUGGGAUUGCUGAUCGGUCUCGGGAUGAGAUAGCUGCUCUUCAGACCCUUGUUGAUGCCCACCAUCGGGAGCACAAGGCUCUCUGCGAGAUGCUUGAGCGCAAGGGCGUUCUUCAUCGGAAGAAGCAGCGUACUGAUGGUACGGCUUAA